AUCUUGCACACCAUCAUCACAACUACGAUAGACCAACAGUAUGGUCUACAUAAAACGAUGGGCUGAGUUCCAUUCAAAGUGUGUGGAAUUGUACAAGAAAUCACCCAAUGAUACCCGAUACCUCAUCAAAGCCACACCAUCACAGCAAUGGCUAGUCUUGAAAGUGACAGACGACAAUACGGUAAGAUCUUGUUGCACUUUGAGUAGCAUUUCUGUGCUUGUGCUGACACUUUCCUUUCCUCCACAGUGUCUUAAAUUCAGAGCAAGAUCAGCAAUCAUCAUCAAUAGAUUUGAAUCUUUUACCCGCGAUAUGACAGCACUAAUGGCAGACUUACCACUACCGUCAGAAGCAGCAGCAGCAGCCUUAUCGAAAUCGGCACAAAAUGUUAUGGAUAUCGAUACAGAAGCUGCUGGAGCAGCAGAUACAACAACUAAAGCAGGUGGUGCGGCAACAGGAAAUGCGACAGCUGGCGGAGGUAGCGGUGGUGGUGCAAAUAAGAAAAAGAAGAAGAAGGGCAAAAAGUGAGAAACAUUAAAUCAACUCAAAAUGUACAUCAACUGCAAUUAUAUUCGAGAUCUUAAAAAGCUUUGU